AUGGCAUCAGCUGUGGUUCAGCAGCCAGGCUCCCUGAGCAUCCCUGCAACCCCGGCCGACCACGACUACUUCGAUCUUGGCUCCCAUACGUUCCUGGUAACGACCCGCAGUGCCCAUGCGCAAAGAUGGUUUGACCGUGGUCUCAUGUGGUGCUACGGCUUCAACCACGAAGAAGCCCUGUUCUGCUUUCAGCAGGCCGCAUUACACGACCCUGACUGUGCCAUGGCUUACUGGGGCAUUGCCUACGCAUUAGGGCCCAACUACAACAAGCCGUGGAGCAGCUUCGAGGACCGAGAGCUCCAGGAUUCCGUCGAGCGUACUCAUCGCGCCGCCGCCGAUGCGAAACGAUUAGCCGACCGGGCCACCGCUGCCGAGAGGGACCUCAUCGAGGCGCUUUCCCGCCGUUAUCCCCAACACCGCCCUGAUCCCAACUUCAAAGUCUGGAACCGGACCUACGCCGACGCCAUGGCCACCGUUUACGAGAAGCACCCGGACGACCCUGACGUGGCCACGCUCUACGCCGACUCCAUGAUGAACCUGACCCCCUGGAAACUCUGGGACAUCCGCACGGGCAAAAUAGCCGACAAAGCCCGCACCGCCGAGGUUCAGCGCGUACUCGACCGCGCCCUCGCCCAAGAAGGUGGCCGUCAACACCCGGGUGUCCUCCACCUGUACAUCCACCUCAUGGAAAUGUCCCCCACCCCCGAAGCCGCCCUCACCACCGCCGACCACCUGCGCGGGCUCGUCCCGGACGCCGGCCACCUGCACCACAUGCCGACCCACAUCGACAUCCUCUGCGGCGACUACCGCCGCGCCGUAGCCUCCAACUCGGACGCCAUCCGCGCCGACGAGCGCUACCUCGCCCGCCGGGGCGGCCUCAACUUCUACACCCUCUACCGCGCCCACGACUACCACUUCCGCCUCUACGCCGCCAUGCUGGCCGGCCUGUCCGCCGUGGCCCUCGACACCGUAUCCCGCCUCGAGGCCACCACCCCGGAGGCCCUGCUCCGCAUCGAGUCCCCCCCGAUGGCCGACUACCUCGAGUGCUUCCUCGCCAUGCGCGUGCACGCCCUGGUCCGCUUCGGCCGCUGGCCCGCCAUCCUCGCCCUGCCGCUCCCGCACGACCAGCGCCUCUACUGCGUCACCACCGCCAUGACCCACUACGCGAAAGCCCUCGCCCUCGCCUCGACGGGGAAACCCGACGACGCCGACCGGGAGCGCGCGCUGUUCCGGUCCGCCGUCCAGCUGGUCCCCCAGUCGCGCACGUUAUUCAACAACUCCGCGCUGCACAUCCUGGCCAUCGCGGACGCCAUGCUCGACGGGGAGCUGGAAUACCGCCGCGGGAACUACGACGUCGCGUUCGACCACCUCCGCGCCGCGGUGGCACGGGACGACGCGCUCCCGUAUGAUGAGCCGUGGGGGUGGAUGCAGCCCGCGCGCCACGCCCUGGGGGCCCUCCUCUUGGAGCGGGACCGGGUGGAGGAGGCGGCGGCUGUGUACAGCGCGGACUUGGGCCUGGAUGCGACCUUGCCGCGGCAGCUUCGACAUCCGAAUAAUGUGUGGGCGCUGCAUGGGUACCAUGAGUGUUUGGUGCGGCUUGGGCGGGUGCGGGAGGCGAGAUUGCUGGAGCCGCAGCUGACUGUUGCGUUGGCUGUUGCUGAUGUGCCGAUCAAGGCGUCGUGUUACUGUCGGUUGUCGGUGCAGUGA